AACCAAAUAUAAACAAACCCCAGUCGCUGUUAACCCUUGUGCGCGUGUGUGAGCGUUUGACUUGCGGCUUUUUUUUUGGGUGGAGCAGUGUUAACAGUGUUUUUGUUGUGUUAUUGCUGUAACCGCAACAUCUACUCUUGACAACAACAUUUUGUCGCUCACCCUUUAUACCCGAUUCAAAGCACAGUGCUCUUUCGAAAGUGAAGAUUUCGAUUUACUAGACCUAAAUUAAAUGUUUAUAUAAAUUUUGAAAAUUAAUUAAAGUAUAAUAAAAAAAUUACAAAAAAAAAUUGGCAUUUUAAACACACUUCACUUUAUCGAGCAAGCACUGCUUUGGGCCCCGCUCUCUUCCAACCUGCUCCCCAUCCCGCCGGCGACAGAUAGACAGAGGGAGAAAAAGGGAGACUAAAAAGAAGUGCAUCGCAUUUGGCGAGAGCAGCAUCAUCGCAUUCGCAUCCUUCAUUUUCAUCUCACAUCGGAAUUAAUCAAGUGAACCAACGCUCCCGCAUUUCGCUAUUUCAUUCGCGAGCUUCUACCAAAGGAAACAACAACAAGUGAUGGCGCAGCGGAACUAACUUUCGCCCGAAAAGGACAUCGAGCACAAAAGAGGAGCAGAGGAAACACGCCCAUCGGCAGGACAAAAAAAAAGAAGCAAAGAAGGCGACACAUAUACAUAUGCAAACGUCCUUGGCUCGUGGACGUCAGCAGCGGAAGUGGAGGACGAAGCAGGACGAAGGACAGGUGACGUCUGAAACAACGAAGAACAGGAACAACACAACAACAAACAGCAACAACAAACGACAAACGCAAUUACUGUAAAAGGUGCGCCACCAAAGAUGGCAACAGCAGAGGCAGCAGCGGGCGGAGGCGGCGGAGGAGCAAGUGGAGUUGGCGGCGGUGACAUCGGCUUAGGCAUCGGCAGCGGCAUCGAGAUGCUCAAGGCGCUGUACGACUUCCAGGCGGUCUAUCCCAAGACCAUCAGCUUCGAUGAGGGCGAGUACUUCAUCCUGUACCAGACAUCCGCCCGCCAGCGAAACUGGUGGCAGGUGGUCAGCAUGAAGGGCAACAUCGGCUUUGUGCCCUCCAAUUACGUAAUGAAGAUUAAGGUGGAGCACGACUUCCUGAUCAGCUUUCUGAACUCAUCGAUUGAGUCGCUGGAGAAGUGCACGGACCACGAGAUCAAUGGCAUCAUGUCCAAGGACGAGUUGCUGGACAGGCUGCGCGAAAAGAAGCACACCAUGGAGCGGCUCUAUGCGGAGAGCUCCGAGCGCGAUGGCGACUCCUCGCUGUCCUAUUCGCACAGCUACAGCGACAAGGGCAGCCACCGGCACUCGCAUCCCCAUCCCACCCAGUCGCAGACGCAGUUGCAUUCCCAGCACCGGCAGCACAGUCCGCCGCCCGGCGGCAGUGGCUCUGGCUCCCAGCGCCUCGACAUGAGCAAGAAGAGCAUGUCCAGCCCGGCGGUGGGAUCUUCGUGCGGCCAGCAGCAGCAGCAGGGCCAAGGCAUGAUGGAGUCGCCCAGCAUGGGCAGCAUGCAGUUCCAGGGCAGCGGCAGUGGCAGCUGCACCAUUCAGACGCCGCAGCAGCAACAGCCGCUCCCAGCACCGCCAGCACCAGCUCCCUCGCCAUCGCCAGCCGGCGUAGUUACUCCGACUGCGGCGGCGGCGGCGGUGGCAGCGGCGUCAUCGUCAUCGAGCAAAGCCGGGGAUGUGGCGCAGGACAAUAGCAUCACCUCGGAGCCCUCGGAGACCACGACGACCACUACGACGACCAGCGAGGACGUGGUGACCACUUACAAGGAGACCAGCCAGCUGAGCACCACCAGCCAGCAGCACAAGCCGCCGAACGGCAGCACCGCCUCGGCCUCGGCCUCCAUUUCCGCAUCCGCCCUGAGGAGCAGCAGUGUCGGCAAUGGGCACGGCAACGGGAGCAAGGCUGCCCAGCACCAGGAACAGCAGCAGGAGGAGGCGGACAGUGCGCCGGACAAGUCGGAUGACGCCAGCGCCGUGCCCAGCGACGAUGUCUGUCAGGCCAACGGGGAUAGUGCGGACAAUAGUCAGGCGCUGGACAGCAUCGACAGUCCGUCGCAUCGGCAACGGGGUCUCGGGAGUCUCGGCAGGAUCGAGGAGGGGGCCACUGGCGGCCAGCUGAAGGUGGAGUCCUCGGAUGUCUAUCAGAUUGUCGACGCCCUGCGGCGCAACACCAAUCUCAGCUUCGAUCUGUCCUGCGAGGCGUUGCGCGUGGUGCUGACCAGUCUGGAGCAGCUCUACAACGGGGCCAUCAAUCCGUAUCUGGAGGCGGUGGCCGUCCACGUCACUGGCAAGGUGGCCACGCCCAAAGAGCUGCUGGGCAUCACGCACGACGCCAAGCGGCUGCAGUACCUCUUCGCCCAGCUGGCCGACUGCAAGAACGACACGGAGCAGCGCACCUGGAUGCUCUACGAGGACGAGGAGGACAUCAUCCAGUUCCUCGAGGAGCUCGUCGAGAUUCUAAUCAAUGCUGACGAGAGCAUCAGCUGCUAUGAGAUGUCCUGCGACCAGUACCAGAUGUUCAUCAACCUGGUGCAAUACUACCAAAUGGAGACCCGCUGGUCGAUCAAGCGGCUGCUGCUCAAAACCUUCACGGCCGCCUGCCACCUGGACUACAUCAUCGUGGACAUACUGCUGACAUCGGUGCUGCCACUGGAGAUUGUUGAGGACAUGAAGACCCACUUCUCCAACCUGGAUCGCUUCAAGCAGCUGGUCAAGAUGCUGACCAUCAUCUUCUCACUGGGACAACCCAUGCCAGUUAACCAUCAGGACUAUUUGGGCGUGCACUUUGCCAGCUUUCUGCUGGAAAUCGUCGAGGGCAACAAUCCCGAGCUGCUAGUGGACAUGGUUAUAGCCUUGAUACUGGCCUUCAACCAGCAGUUCAGCGAGCACACCUUUAACGUCAUCAUCGAGGGCAUGCAGAACCUGCCCUCCGCCAAGGUUUUCACUGAGAAAUUGCUCUUGCUGCUCAAUCGAGAGGACGAUCCAACUCGCUUGCUAAAGCACCCCAACGAGCAUAUGAACACGGUGCUGCGAAUGUUCAUCGACAUCUUCAGCCAUCCGGACACGGCGGGCAUGUUCUACACAAACGACAUCAAGGUGCUCAUCGACAUAGUGGUGCGCCAGCUCUCCGAUUUGGAUGCCGGCAGUUCGACGCGACCAUGCUACUUGGAGCUGUGCCGACGCAUCCUGCGCAACACAAACUACCAGGAGCACCAGCACCGCAAGCACGAUCUGAUGAAGAUCUUCACGCGCAUCUUCUGCGAGGAGACCGAGUGCAGUGCCUCCGAUCAGCAACUGGUGCGGGAAAUAGCCAACGAAUUUCCACAGCUGUUUAAGGCCUAAGGCCUCAAAAGCUAGAACCCCGAAAAGAAAAGAAAGAAGGAAGGGAAACCAAAAUUGUAAAGCGUUGCUAGUGAGGCGAGCCGUUCAAAGCGAGCCAACCGCCGUAAAGUCAUGGAUUAUUUCAAAUUUGAUCAGUGAAUUGUUAUGCAUUUGUUUAGCGUCUUGGUCUCGGCCUCAGAACUCAAAACUCAGAAAUGAAAAGUCAGAAUGCAUUUCGAUCUGCAACGGAUCGAAGGGGAACACACACGAGCGACUCUACAUAUAUCUUAUGAACAUAGUCUGUAAGCAGGACAAAUGUACUAGUUGCAUGUGGAGUAGAUGCAACCUCAUAGAGAUACCCGGUAGCGUAUCCGUAAGGAAUGAAAAAGCUAUAGCCAUAUAGCCAUAGUCUAACACUAAAUUAUCCCCAGUUUAGGAUGAUUUCACUAAUUUAGAAUUUAGCCAGGGACAAUUUUAGCAAGACAACAGAGUCUAGGGUCAGAGAAGAGCCUCACUUUUAAAUUUUUUGUAGUUAUAAUUGCCAAUUUAUUUGGAAUUCAAAAUUUUGUCUUAACAAAAACAAAAACAACAACAAGAAAGAACGAAAUCGUUCCAAGUAUAAAAAUAUUUAUAGCCUAAUUAUACACUUAUAAUGAAAAUAUACAUUCAUGGCAAAUGCGAAUGGAACGUUAAUUGCAAUUUACAAGUAAACAAUUGAGAUAUUAACGAUUCAUGACGAAGUAUUUGCAGCUAGCAAAAUCCAAA